AUGGCUUCAAACGAUGACUACGUGGAAUGUAAUGAGGAAGCUCUCACUGGUGAGGGGGAACUCGAAAUGACGACGCCGGUGCCCGUUCUCCGCCUGCCCAGAGGGCCCGACCCCAACAGUCGCGGGUUCGACCCCAAGUCCCCGCGCUUCAUCGCUCUCUGCCGCACGUCGCUCCCGACGGCGGCGGGGGCCUCGGAGGUGGACGACGAGCAGCUGCAGACAGAGCAGGCCGCGCGGUCCCUGCUGAGGGAGCGCUUCCUCCGCUGUCUGCUCGCCAUGACCAACAAGAAGGUCCGGUUUCACAUGCACGAGGGCGUGAAGGUGGAGGCCACUUUUGGGGCGUCGGACAUCGACGUGCUGAACUUCCAGGUGUCGGACUUGCACACUCCCAUCGGGGUGCAGAAAGAGGCAGUGAUCAGGUGUCAGGACGUGGUUUCUUUAACUUUUGAUGUAUGAGCUCCUCAGGCGACUUAAACGGACGUUUUUCCGGCACAUGUUUUUUCUGUCUCUCUUUUUUUGUUUUUUGUUUCUGUUAUCGUCAGAUUCUGCAGGAUCCUGUUGUUGCAUGUCUGUGCAACACGUUGGAUUCUGUUCAUGUGUGUGACUGCAUUCAGAGGUCCGAUAGGAGUUAUGAGUCCCACAUUCUCAGCACUAGAGGGAGCCAUAAGCUUUUGUUUAAGGACAGACUGCCCUGGGUUGGAAAAUUCAGUGGACUGAUGUUCACUGUUGACCAGUUUUCUCUCUUCUCCAGAACAUGGCUCAUGCUUUUGCAGUAUUUGCCCAUAAGAGCAUCCAAACCGGAGGAGGAAUUUAUUCUUUGUAAUUUUCAUUCUUUGAUUCUGCCGGGAAGUUGAGGAAAGUGAUGAUGAGGUGGUUUUUUUAAUCCUUUGAAGAGCACUUGAAACAUCCAGGUCUAAUUUACCAGUAUGUUUCCUGUGGUUUUACUUCAAAGGAAGAUUUCUUGUAAAUGGUGGCUUUCUCAUGGCACCUAAAAGGAGGCCAAUUGGACUUAGACAUUUUUGUUACUUAGCCAAGAAGAAAACUACUAACGGGGCUGUUUUGUUUGGUUUUUGAUAGUCUAUUUUGUACUCUGGAAAAAAAAAAACAUGGAAACAUUUGUACAAAUUGUCCCUUUAUUUUCUUUUUUUCAUAAUAAAACAUCUGUAAUACA